AUGAUAGAGGAUGGGUUUGAUCCCUCCUCACUUUCUGAAAAUCCUUCUGUCCAAGCCAUAAAGGAUUUCAAUGAAAGGCAGCAGAAAAAUUUCAAAGCUUUAACCUUUUUAUAUUCUGCAAUUGAUGAUUCUAUUUUUCCAAGGGUUGUGGGCAUUAAAACUGUCAAGGCAGCUUGGAGCAAGCUGCAGGAGGAAUUUCAAGGAAGUGAAAGGGUUAGACAACAAAGAUUGUCGACUCUUAAAAGAGAAUUUGAACUGUUGAAGAUGAAAGAUUCUGAGACAGUGAGAGAGUAUUCAGCAAAACUUAUGGAGAUUGUUAAUCAAAUGAAGCUAUAUGGGGAGCAAGUUACUGAUUAUAAAGUAGUUGAGAAGAUUCUCAUCAGCCUACCUGACAGAUUUGAAGCCAAAAUUUCAGCUAUUGAAGAGUCUUGCAAUCUGAAGGAGCUUUCCAUUACUGAGCUUUGUACUAAGCUGCAAGCUCAAGAGUUGAGAUUCACUAGGAAGUCAAAAGAGGUGACUGAAGGUGCUUUUCAAAUGAAACAAAAAGGGAAGCAGCCAGGUGGUUUUAAAGAUGGGAAGAAAAAAUUUCAAGACAAAGGUGGUGGAAAGGGUAAAUCAGUAGAAAAUUCAAGUGCUGGAGACCAGUCCAAGAAGGAACAAGUAAAAUUUCCACCAUGUCCUCACUGCAACAGAACCAAUCAUCCUGAAAGGUACUGUUGGCAGAAAUAUGGGAAGCCUCAGUGCAGGUUUUGUAAGAAAUUUGGACACAUUGAAAAGAAUUGUAAAGUUAAGCAGAAUCAAGGUAACUCUGGAAGUUCAGCCUCUUAUGAAGCUAAUUAUUCUGGUGAUAAACAAACAGCUCAAGAUCACCUGUUUAUGGCAAUUGGAAGUUCUAGGACUCUUGAUGAUGGCAUUUGGCUCAUUGACAGUGGUUGUACUAGUCAUAUGGCCAAGGAUGCUUCUUUGUUUUCAAGCUUGGAUAGAUCUAUCAGAACUAAGGUGACUAUGGGCAAUGGAAAUGUUGUGCAGGUUGAAGGUAGGGGUUCUGUGGCUAUUAGCACGAAGCAAGGGUUGAUUGCUGCUGUAUUAUUAUUUCUCCUACUGGCAGAUGAUUCUAGACUUUGGCAUAGCAGAUAUGGACAUUACAAUUUAAGGUCUCUGAAGUUUGCUUGUGAUCACAAUCUAAUUAGAGAUUUGAUAGUAUCUGGAGUCACAGAUGAAGUUGCACAGGACCUCUUUUCCAGCAAAUUCUUCUUGGAGAGCUACUGA